AUGUUGAACCACAGUUUGACGGUUCAGCAUACUGCAAUUUGUCAGUUUAGGGGAAUGGCAGCGGUUGUCGCCAAGAAGAAUCUUGGAAUUGAAGAAUUUGCGAUCGAGGAAUUAAACUCGGUGCCUUUUGAGAAUUUGAUGAUGCUUCUGACACAUUCCGACAAGCUUGAGCCGAUAUUAAUGGAAAGAAUUAUCGAACAUAUUGAAAAACGAGUAAAAAAUGAACUCGACAAGCCUUCGGAGCUUCUGACGCUUUUGAAUCAUACACCAAAAGAAGUUUGGUUUGAUAAGAGUCACGUGGUGCAGAAAUGCGAGCAAUUGGCGCCUUAUAUGAACUUGGGAGAACAAUGCGCUUUGCUCAAGCAUUUGGCGGUGAGGAAACAGAGAAAUAAGCUUUUGAUGCGAAUUUUGGCAAAUUUUAUAUCCGAAUCCCCCAAUUGCUUAUCGGUCUCGCAAAUUGUUACAGUUGUCACUGCGUGUUCGACUUUAUCAUUUUAUUCAGAGAAAUUAUUGAGAAAGGUGUCAAAUGAUAUUGCGAUGAACUCGAAUGUUAUUCGAAAAUGGUCUGAUGUUAUUCAAAUUACGGAUUCUUUUGUCAGAAUGCGAUAUGGAAAGGAAAAAACGUGGAGCACACUGAUCCGAUGGGCGACGCAGAAUGAAUCGGAGGCGAGCAUUGACGAGCUUGGACGAUUUGUAACGGUGUUGGCAAGAAUUGGCGUUUCGGACGGUAAACCGCUUGCCCGAAUUAUGAAGAAGAAGCUGAAUCGGUACAAAGUCCGACUCCCUGCCACUUGGCUCAAUGCGGUCUAUUCAUUGGCGUAUUUCCAAGAAUUGGAUGCGGUUAUCGUGGAUUCGGUGCUCAAUAAAAGUUUUGUUCAGCAGAUCAUGGAGAACUCGCACGAGAAAAUUGAUCGAUUGCGCAAGGCGAUGACACUUUUGAUGAUAAACAAAUGCGCUAGAGUUGAUCUACCGUCUUAUGAUGGUCCCACCGUCUCUCGGGAGUUUUUUGAGCAAUUUGGAAUUCAAUUUGGUCCAGAAUCUAUAAAACAUGCGAUUCAGCUGAAGUAUACCCAUAAAAACACGGAACAUACAGAAUUGUUCCUGAAGAAUUUGUUCAAAAUCGCGCCGCAAGAUACCCAUUGCCGACAUGCCGAUAUUGAGAAAUGUGGAGUACUUGUUGAUGGUUAUGUGCUCCCAGAUCCAAAUAAAAUUGAUCGACUAGUUAGCGUCAAUCAGUGGGGUGACCGAAAGCCGCGCCCGAUUUUGUUCUUUGGAUGGAUGCAUACUAAACAGGAAAUCGAAUCUAAUGGAGAGUCGGCGCUUCUCGGACCAGAUCAACUUGGAUUGCGGCUCCUACGAGCUCAAGGAUAUGAUCCGAUAGUCGUUUUCAAAUCGGAAUUCGAUUUUUGUGCCAAUGAUCUUGAAAAACUCAAUUUAUUGCGGGAGAAAAUUCAUGGAAAAUUAUAA